CACACCACACACAUUCAUCUCCAUAUCCUAUCCUGCAUUUAUUUAUCUUUCAAUGGAAAGGCGCGAAUUUGUGCCGGCAAGCAGGGCUGGCCUCCCUCGGAUCACUGAAAAACCCGCGGCUUCUGCUUCUGCUGCUGCACCUAAACCUGCUGCGGGUGGACUAAUGCAGUAUGCGCCGGAUCCCAUUGCAAAGCACGUCGAUGAACCUGAUCACAAUCCUUCGACUCCCAAGCUUGUCCCUGCAGCAGCAGCACCAGCAGCCAGUGUAGGUGGAGUUCCCACAAGGGGACAAACAUUGAGGCGCGACAGGGAUCGCCACUUCUUUUCAUCGGACGACAAUGCCCUGAGCAAGCAGAUUGUGGCCACACAUGCCCCAGACUUUGAGGAUCUUGAUGCCAGGCCAGUGCUCGCCAUUGUCGAGGAUAUCCUGCACCUGGCCAAGCCAUUGCAUGUUGCUGAAACAACCCUUGUAGGUACACAGACUCAGUUGCAUAAAGAUCCAUUGGAGGACAGGGCUCUCCACCAACCUUCCUUGUACCACCAUGAUGAAAAGCUCCACUCUACUCACUCCGAUGAAAGGCUAUACCGCGAUCCCGAGCAUGAAUCAGAUAUUGUUAAACUGCUGGCAUAUCCAAUCAACAAGAUUUCCUGUGAGAUUAUCUGCAAAUGUUCUGGUGGAGGAGAAUCGCAUUCAGUAACAAUGGAGCUACUUAAAUCGCUGUCGAGCUACGCCUGGGAUGCCAAGGUUGUCAUUACCUUUGCUGCUUUCGCCAUCAAUUACGGCGAGUUUUGGCUGGUGGAGCACUUACACACCAAGGAUCCGCUCGCCAAGAACAUUGCUGCUCUUAAGGAUCUUCCGGACCUGAUGACCAAUGCUGGAGAAUUACAGAAGAAGUUCGAGGCCGUGCUUGGCCUCUUGAAUGCAGCACUGAAGGUGUCACACUGCAUCAUAGAGUUCAAGGAGCUCCCCCCUCUCUACAUCAGCCGCGAAUCGCCGGAAAUCACGGCUGCAACAGCUCAUAUCCCCACUGCUGUUUACUGGAUCAUAAGGAGCCUUCUCGUCUGCUCGUCCACACUCCUCAGCUUGAUCGGCACCGGCGCUGAGUAUCUUUCGUCUACUGCUGAGUCAUGGGAGAUUCUGAGCCUGACUCAUAAGCUGCAAGUGAUAAUGGAGCAUCUGCAAACCCAACUGAGACUCUGCAAGGGCUUAGUUGAGAAGAAGAAGGAAGAGGAUGCCUACGUGACAUUCGUCAGAAUUAUCGAAUCUGCUCAUAUUGACAACAUGAAAGUACUAAGGGCCAUGUUUCGAUCCAAAGAGGAUCAAAGGCCGCUCUACGAUGGCACCAGAAAGAUAAAUGAACGGCUUGAGGCGCUGAGGCUGAAGUAUGUGCUGCUGCUGAUUUCGGAUCUGGAUCUUCCUCACGAGGAGCUAAAUGUGCUGCACAUGAUCUACAACCAACAAGCAAUGAGGCACGAGUACGAGGUUCUUUGGUUUCCCAUCGUGGAUCCAAUAUCGUCGUCUCAGGGGCAGUUGCAGGACAGCGUGUUCUACGACCUUCGAAACAACCACAUGCCUUGGUACUCAGUCGACCACCACUCACUGGUGGAGCCGGUGGCCAUCAGGUACAUCCGGGAUGUCUGGAAGUUCGUCCACACCCCGAUGCUGGUGGUCCUCGACCCCCAAGGAAAACCAUCGAAUUUGGACGCCUUACCCAUGAUGUGGAUCUGGGGGAGCACAGCCUUCCCCUUCACCAAGGCUAGAGAGUCUGCCCUCUGGUCGGAGAGCACCUGGAACAUCGACCUGCUGGCCGACGCCAUUGAUCCACGCAUUCCUGAUUGGAUCAGGGAGCAGAAGGUGAUCUGCCUGUACGGAGGGGAGGACAUCGAUUGGAUCCGCAAGUUCACUCUGACAGCCCGGUCGGUGGCGAGGGACCUGAAGGUGGACAUGGAGAUGCUGUACGUCGGGAAGCGGAACCCGCGGGACAAAGUGCGGCGGUGCCACGAGAUCAUCGACAGGGAGAAGCUGAGCCACGUGUUCUCGGUGGCGGACUACUACGACUACGUGUGGUACUUCUGGGUGAGGCUGUGGAGCAUGUGGAACUCCAAGAGGCACAUCGGGAUGACGGUGGACAGCGACAGGAUAAUGCAGGAGAUCAUGGAUGUCCUGACCUUCGACAGCAGCGACCAGGGCUGGGCGGUGUUCAGCAGGGGCAACUACGAGAUCACCAAGGGGAACGGGGAGAAGCUGCUGCCGGUGCUGGACAAUUACCAGGACUGGGCUUACCAGGUCGACCAUCCCGACAAGUUUGUGACGGUGUUGGAUGAGCAGCUGCGGGGGCUCCACCCCGAGCAUCACUGCAACCGCCUCAUUCUGCCUGGGCACGCCGGCUACAUCCCCGAGAGGGUCGUCUGCUCCGAGUGCGGGAAGACCAUGGACAAGUAUGUUAUGUACCGCUGCUGCACCGACUGAUCCCUUCUUGCACCUCUAACUUCAAGAUUCCUAUAUAUAUAUAUAUAUAUAGUCUGCAGCAUAUAUAUAUACAUGGGAGAGUAUACAUAUUUAUAUAUAUAUGAGAUGAAAUAAAUCUAUCAUAUAUAUCUAUAUCUAUAUAUUUUAAUUUCUGUAUGUCAUGUUGUUUUCCUUCCGUUCGGCUUCCAGCCAGCCGCUUGGAUUUCUGCAUGUGAUUUGUUGUAAUAAUGCCAUGUUUGCUAAUGUUAUUGCUGUCCAUCAAUAAAUUAAUUAAAGGUUGCCUGCUUUA